CGUACGUACAUAUAUCGAUUCAACAAACCAAGGAAACCAGCGAAUUGGCCAAGUGUCGCCAAGUUUGAGGUCCGCCACACGGAUACCAGGAGUGUCAGUUCAGGACUGGCCUUUACAAUAUGUCGGACGCCGAAUCCGAGAGCGAGGACAGCGACGCGGAGGGUGGUCUUGGAAACGUGAACAAGCUGGUGAUGCGCCCACUGGGUCACAGUGGCAAGGCUAAGAAAGGACACCUGUGCUUCGAUGCCUCCUUCGAGACUGGUAACCUGGGUAGGGUUGACCUCGUCUCCGAGUUCGAGUAUGACCUCUUCAUACGACCUGACACCUGCAGCCCUCGACUGCGUCUCUGGUUCAACUUCACCGUGGACAACGUUCGCUCCGAGCAGAGGGUCAUCUUCAACAUCGUCAACAUAUCCAAGAGCAAGAAUCUCUUCCGUCAGGGUAUGACUCCCUUGGUGAAGAGCAGCAGCAGACCCAAGUGGCAGAGGAUCCCCGGCAGACAAGUCUUCUACUACAAGUCUCUCCAGCAUCAGAAUCACCACGUGUUGAGCUUCGCCUUUGCCUUUGACCGUGAAGAAGACGUCUAUCAGUUUGCCCUGACCUACCCUUACUCCUACUCACGUCACGUGGGUCACCUGGACAACCUCUGUGCCAAGUGUUGCGACCUGGUCAAACGGGACACUCUCGCCUUCUCGAUCCAGAAGAGGAAGGUCGAAUUGACAACGAUCGGUUCAGCUGGUGAACAUCCGAGGAAGGUCGUCGCCGUCUUGGCGAGGGUCCAUCCGGGCGAAUCGCCCUCGUCCUUUGUCUGCCAAGGUCUGAUGGACUUCCUCGUGAGCAGCCACCCCAUAGCCCAGGUCCUCAGGGAUUACGUGGUCUUCAAGAUAGUUCCUAUGCUGAAUCCGGACGGGGUGUUCCUGGGUAAUUACAGGUCAACGCUGAUGGGUAUGGAUCUCAAUCGAUCUUGGAAUCGAAUUUCCGACUGGGUUCAUCCCACCCUUGCUGCCACCAGAGCCUUGCUGGAGUCCCUGGACAAAAAUCCAAAUGCUCCUCUGGACUGUGUACUAGACCUUCACGCCCACACUAACGCCACCGGUGUCUUCGUCUACGGCAAUACUUACGACGACGUCUACAGGUACGAAAGACACAUCGUCCUACCGAAGUUAUUGGCCCAGCAUACCGAGGACUAUGAUCCUUCGAGCACGAUGUACAACCAGGAUUCGCAAAAGGCUGGUACAGCUCGACGUUAUCUUUGCUCAAUAUUGAGCGAACACGUCAAUUGUUACACGAUCCAGGUCUCGAUGUAUGGUUACUGUCGAAAGGGUACAUCGGUAAUAUUACCAUAUACCGAGGAAGGCUAUUAUAGGAUAGGUCGGAAUUUGGCGCGGGUAUUUCUCGAAUACUAUAGAUUGACCGGACUGAUACCAGCUGGUCUUCCAGAUCAGCCGUCGAACAAACGAGGUCGUCAGUCCCGACAGCGUCAUCGAACACCUCGAAGACCUCGUCCACGAACAGCCAGGACACCAGCUCCUCUACACCUGGCCAGCAUACACGAAUAUUUUCGUGAGGAGGUGACGGAUACUUCGUCAGGUACUCGUUACCGAUCAAUGAGCGGAACCCGAAUGAACGUAGGAACGGGAACGGGUGCUGGAACUGGAAUUGGAAGUGGAAGUGGAACUGGAACGGGUGGUGGCAGGAACCUGAGCUACAGGUUCCGGAGUCCCGGAGCCCCAGUCGACAGGAAAGCCCUGUCUACACCGGCCACGGAACCGAGACUCACCAUUAUCGAUUUCAAUCAGCUGACAAGGGGCGGCUUGGACCUGGCUACUGGGAAAAACAAAGCGAAGAUCCCGCAUCGUUCGCCCCAUCGAUAUGCAAAGCCUCGAAGAUAAUGGUACUCCGAGUAAGAUCACGUUUCCUCGAUAGAAGGGCUUUUAUCGGAAUAAUUUGUUCGGAAUAAAAAAGGGAUCGGUGGAACAAUUAAAAUAUGAAUCACCGACGCCAGGAUGUAGAUCCUACAGGUUAUCGAGAGCCAAGAGAAUGAAUGUGGAAUUUAUCGAUUUUUAGGAAAUUUAACAAAAUUUUCUCUUACGGAUCUAUCGAUAUUUUUACGAUAGACCAAUCGGAAAUCGAUUAUUUAGUGACAAUCGAUAUCAGAAAAUGCAUAAUUCCUGUUUUAUACUUCAUUAUCUCGAAUGGCUCAAUUUUUUAAAUCUAAAUUUUAGUACCUCGAGACAGGUACAUUUCGAUUUAUCUAAAUGUCAUGGCACUGGAUCAAAAUAUUAUGUAACGAUUAUAGACAAUUAUUAUAAAGUUCCUAGGAUCGAUCUUGGUCUUCCUUAUAAUCGGAUUUUCAAAAUUCACAUUUUACUUUUCAGAUAAGCGCACGGUAUCGUAUUUGUCACGUUAUUCGAAUUAAUUAUUCGAACAGAUAUUUUAUACAUCUGCUCGAAUCUAUCAUUGACGGAUCUCUGAAAUAAUUGCACGUAUCAAUCAUAAUAAUAUUAAUUUUUAAAGUUCCUGAUAUUAUAUAUCAACACUUUGAAUUACAUCCAGCCAUUUUAUAUGCGACUGCACGUAUAAUUGUAUAAUAACAUAAUACAAAGAUUAGGAGUAUCAUUCGCUUCUAUCUAUAAGCUUACAAUCUAAGUAUAAUUAAAGAGCAAUUUUCUAUUUCUAUAUCUCUAUGUACACUCGAGCUGUGUAUGGCUUCAUGCAUAGCAAUAAAGAAGAAUCUCCAAAUCAAUUAUACUAUACGUAUACAUAUUCAGAUAUAAAAUUUCCCAACCAUCUUAAAACACCUGUACAAAGUCAAUCAAUAAUUUUCAACAAGGUUCAACGACAACAAAGGAUACUCGAUGAAUGUAAUAUAAAAAUUGAGCAAACCUCAGCAGACCAGUGAAUGCAACACGUUGUUUUAGGAAAAUUAAAGAAUGUGUUAAAUAAACUUCAGAAGUCCGUCUAUUUCAUAAUACAAAAAUGCAGUAUAGUCAAACUAAAAAUUUAAUCGACUCUCAGAAAUGUCAAUAAAGUCUAUACCCAAGGUAAAGAUUGUUCGUAAUCAUAUCCUUGUCAACGAUCAGUAAUGAGUAUUUUGAAUCGUCUUAUAUUCAAUGAACUCAAAGAAAAUUAAAAAAAGCAUACGUACACAGGGAAUACUAUCAGACAAUAAGG